UUUGAAUCUUUUCUUAUCCAAUCCCUCUAGUACCAGUUCAUCCGUGUAUCCUCCUCUCUGUCGGGCGUCAAAUGUCCACCAGCUUCUGCUCGGUGGUCCUGAACCACAUCUCACCGGAAGAGAGUAACCAAUUAUAGUGGCGGGGAACCGAAACUAGGCGUCAAUGUUAUGUGCGCUAUGGCAGGUUUUGGCGCUCCAGCGAUUUCUCUUCCGAAUUUCCCAGUCACAAGCAAUAAUCUUCCUUUCCAAAACCAUCAAAUUCUCUCUGUAAUCGAUCGAUGCUCAAGUGCCAAGGAGUUGAAGCAAGUUCACGCCCAUAUGCUCCGCACCGGCCUCUUCUUCGACCCCUUCUCCGCCAGCAAGCUCUUCGCGGCCUCCGCUCUCUCAUCCUUCUCCACUCUCCAGUAUGCCCACGACCUGUUCGACCAAAUUCCCCAACCAAAUCUCUACACUUGGAACACUCUUAUUCGAGCUUAUGCUUCCAGCUCCGACCCCUUUCAGAGUUUCGUAUUGUUUCUUGAGUUGCUUGAUAGGUGUGAUGAUUUGCCCAACAAUUUCACUUUCCCUUUUGUGAUUAAGGCCGCUUCGGAGCUCAAGGCUUCGAGGGUCGGAAAAGCUGUUCAUGGAAUGGCGAUUAAAAUGUCGUUGGGUAUGGAUGUGUAUAUUCUUAACUCGCUUGUGCGAUUCUAUGGGGUAUGUGGGGAUUUGAACAUGGCUGAGCGACUGUUUGCGAGUAUUGCUAGUAAAGAUGUGGUGUCUUGGAAUUCGAUGAUCUCGGCUUUUACUCAGGGGAACUGUCCAGAGGAUGCAUUGGACUUGUUUCUGAAAAUGGAGGGGGAGAACGUGAAACCCAACUCUGUCACAAUGGUGGGUGUUUUGUCCGCUUGUGCGAAGAAGUUGGAUUUGGAGUUUGGGAGGUGGGUUUGUGAGUACAUUGAAAGGAAAGAAAUUAGAGUGGAUUUAACUCUGAUUAACGCCACGCUUGACAUGUAUACAAAAUGUGGAAGCAUCGAUGAUGCGCAAAAGCUGUUUGAUGAAAUGCCUGAAAGAGAUGUCUUCUCAUGGACCACCAUGCUUGAUGGGUAUGCAAAAAUGGGCGAUUUCGAUGCUGCUCGGCAAGUGUUUGACACAAUGCCUGUGAAGGAAAUUGCUGCUUGGAACGUCCUCAUAUCUGCUUAUGAACAAAAUGGUAAGCCCAAGGAGGCUCUUGCCACUUUCAAUGAGUUGCAGCUCAGAAAAAUUGCAAAACCUGAUGAAGUCACUCUGGUUAGUACUCUGUCAGCUUGUGCUCAGUUGGGGGCAAUUGAUUUGGGUGGGUGGAUUCAUGUGUAUAUGAAAAGGGAAGGGAUAGAUCUGAACUGCCAUCUGAUUACUUCUCUCGUAGACAUGUAUGCUAAGUGUGGUGAUUUAGAGAAAGCUCUUGAGGUGUUUCAUUCAGUGGAGGAGAGAGAUGUGUAUGUUUGGAGCGCCAUGAUUGCUGGCUUGGGAAUGCACGGGCGUGGGAAGGCAGCAAUUGAUUUGUUUUUCAAAAUGCAGGAAGCUAAGGUGAGCCCGAACAGUGUGACGUUUACGAAUAUACUAUGUGCCUGCAGCCAUGCUGGAUUAGUCGAUGCGGGGCGGGUGUUUUUUCAUGAAAUGGAGCCAGUUUACGGGGUUGUGCCUGGAACAAAGCACUAUGCUUGCAUGGUUGAUAUUCUCGGCCGUGCUGGGCUUCUUGGAGAAGCUAUGGAGUUGAUCAACGAAAUGCCUGUAACACCAAGCGCCUCGGUUUGGGGUGCUCUGCUUGGUGCCUGUAGGCUCCAUAUGAAUGUCGAGCUUGCAGAACUGGCUUGUGACCGUUUGCUCAAGUUGGAGCCUAGAAAUCAUGGCGCUAUUGUACUUCUAUCUAACAUUUAUGCCAAAACAGAAAGAUGGGAUAAGGUUUCUGAGUUGAGGAAUCUGAUGAGAGACUCUGACUUGAAAAAGGAACCAGGUUGUAGUUCAGUUGAAGUCAAUGGCAGUGUCCAUGAGUUCCUAGUUGGCGAUAACUCCCACCCGUUAUCCAGCAAAAUCUACUCGAAACUGGACGAGAUUGCAGCAAAACUAAAAUCAGUUGGAUAUGAACCAAACAAGUCCCAUCUUCUCCAGCUCGUCGAAGAAGACGACCUCAAGGAACAGGCCUUAAGCCUUCACAGCGAGAAGUUAGCAAUUGCUUUUGGACUCAUCAGUUUGGCGCCAUCUCAACCAAUUCGAGUUGUGAAAAAUCUUCGGGUUUGCGGAGACUGCCACGAAGUUGCCAAGCUCGUAUCUAGAGUUUACGGUAGAGAUAUAUUAUUGCGAGAUCGGUAUCGAUUCCAUCAUUUUAGAGACGGGCAUUGCUCAUGUAUGGAUUAUUGGUAAAGCAGCAAAAGAAUGGCUUCUAUGUUCUCAUUGAUAUUGCCUAAACUGAGUAUUCAAGGAAAAAAUAAUCCCUGUUAAAUAAGUAAUAUUAGAAGAUUUUUAUAACUAUUUCUGCAAUAUU